AAUGACGUAAUGUACGUAACACGUGUAGCACGGGCUGGUGUGCAGUGGGGCUUGGCUUGGCGGCUGCUUCUCCCCAGCAUGGGCAGAAGUCCAGGGCAUGACGCUCUCAGCUAAGCUUUCCCGGGCUAUUGUCUACAGUCCCUUCUCUGAACGUGGAGUCCAGGGCUACGACCUCUGGGGCUGCCUCAAAACCAGUCACUGGCUGUAGAAAGCCUAGGUUUCUCUGCUUUGGCCCAAGGGAGCUCUGGGCUGAUGCCUCAUGUAGCCCCGGUCCCAGACAGCUACACCUUCCUCAUGGGGCCUCUCCCUCCCCCGUGUCCCUGAAGACAUCCCUGCAGAGCUGUCCUUGACACUAAAAUCCCAACUCAGGAGAACAUCCUAAAGACCUAGCACAGGACCCAGCGGGCCUGAGUCCACCCACCCUGCUUCUCAAGUCUCCUGGGCAUUGUAAACUCCUGAGCACGCGGCUUGCUAGACACACCCACUGUGGAAUACUCAGCAGCUAGGGAGGACCUUGGCCGCAUGCGCAGUGUCCUGGGAUGUGCUAAAAUAAACGUGCAUGUUUAUGUGACCGAGGCUAGCCUGCAUGCACACAGCAUGGGAGUCAGAGGGCCUGGCUGCUUGUCCUGCCUGGGGGGGCAGGCGCCUGAGCAUGGCCAUGUGUAUGACACAUCUUGGAAUGACCUAUUUUGUCUGUAUCCAUUUAUCUUUCUACCCGUGUGCUGGUAUGUCCAUCUGUCUUGUCUCCUUUGUAGCCAGGAAGCCCUGAACCACGUGCCAACUGGGAAGGUGAUGGUCAGCGAGACCAGCCCGGCCUAAUCUGGGGCUCCUACUCCUGCACCAGGAGUCCUCCAACCUGCAGCCCCUGCCACAGAGGGAGGACUGGAUGUGGGAGGCGGGGUCUGAGGGGCAGGGACCUGGGGAGAAGCAGGCUUUGCUAGCAGAGUAGAAGAUCCUUUGGCUGCACAGGUGGACAGGAGGCCCUUGCCCUGCUGUCCCCGUGACUGUGGUGGGGUCUUCGCCCCUCUGGGUGCCUUCAUUGACCUGGAAGAUCUGGGGUCGGACUGAUGACUUCUAUCCACCCCUGAGGCUCUGAGAACUAACUGAGACUUUAAACCGGGGGUAACAGUCUCUGACAAGCCCCACUGAAUUCACUGGCGAAGGCAGCCACCUACAGCUUAGCCUACAGGUCCUCGCUUGAUUCUGGGGUGUCGUGCCGAAGGGCAAGAGGAGAAGCCAUGCCAGGCAGUGGCCCCAGUGAGAGGAUGACAUGGCCCGGCCCUGCCCUCCCUACGCCCCCCACAACCCGCCCUCUCUCCUCAGCCCCGGGAACACCGCCCAUCCCACCACUAACCAGGACCCGCAGUCUCAUGGCCAUGUCCCUGCCAGGAAGUAGACGCGCCUCUGCCGGAUCUCGCAGGCGUACUUCUCCACCUGUGAGUGUGCGGGACGCCUACGGCACCUCUUCCCUCAGCAGCAGCAGCAACUCUGGCUCCUGCAAGGGCAGUGACAGCAGCCCCACACCGAGGCGCUCCAUGAAGUAUACACUAUGCAGCGACAACCAUGGCAUCAAGCCCCCCACCCCAGAGCAGUACCUGACUCCGUUGCAGCAGAAGGAAGUUUGCAUCCGGCACCUGAGGGCCCGGCUCAAGGACACACAGGACAGACUUCAGGACCGGGACACGGAGAUCGAUGACCUGAAGACUCAGCUGUCUCGCAUGCAGGAGGACUGGAUUGAGGAGGAGUGCCACCGUGUGGAAGCCCAGUUGGCUCUGAAAGAGGCCCGCAAGGAGAUCAGGCAGCUCAAGCAGGUCAUCGACACUGUCAAGAACAACCUGAUUGACAAGGACAAGGGGCUCCAGAAGUACUUCGUGGACAUCAACAUCCAGAACAAGAAGCUGGAGACGCUGCUGCACAGCAUGGAAGUAGCCCAGAAUGGAAUAGCCAAGGAGGAAGGAACCGGGGAGUCGGCUGGUGGGUCCCCGGCACGCUCCCUCACCCGCAGCUCCACCUACACCAAGCUGAGUGACCCAGCUGUCUGUGGUGACCGCCAGCCAGGGGAUCCCUCCAGCACCUCUGCUGAGGAUGGAGCUGACAGUGGAUUUGUGGCUGCUGACGACACACUGAGUCGGACGGACGCCCUGGAGGCCAGCAGCCUGCUGUCGUCAGGAGUGGACUGUGGCCUUGAGGAAGCAUCACUGCAGAGCUCCUUCAACCUGGGCCCUCGCUUCCCUGCCAGCAACACCUAUGAGAAGCUCCUGUGCGGCAUGGAGGCCGGUGUGCAAGCCAGCUGCAUGCAGGAGCGGGCCAUCCAGACAGACUUCGUGCAGUACCAGCCUGACCUGGACGCCAUCCUGGAGAAAGUAGGCCAGGCUCAGGUGUGUGGGACAGUCCCCAAGGACAGGCACUCAGAGCUGGAUCCCCACCCGUCAGGGCCCAGAGACCCCAACUCAGUAGUGGUGGUGACAGUGGGUGACGAGCCUGAGGCCCCAGAGCCCAUCACCUGUGGGCCAACUACACACCGGCCUGCAGCCAACUCCAACCCGGGACUACCAGUGAGUGUGGUGUGUCCCGUGGAAGAGGAGGAGGAGGCAGCUGCCGCUGAAAAGGAACCCAAGAGUUACUGGAGCCGCCACUACAUUGUGGAUCUGCUGGCUGUGGUAGUGCCGGCUGUGCCAACAGUGGCCUGGCUCUGCCGCUCCCAGCGGCGCCAGGGCCAGCCCAUUUACAACAUCAGCUCUUUGCUGCGGGGCUGCUGCACAGUGGCCUUGCACUCCAUCCGUAGGAUCAGCUGCCGCUCACUCAGCCAGCCAAGCCCCAGCUCAGCGGGCGGCUCCCAACUCUGAGGGGGCUGCCAGCCCUUCACUUUUGGCAGCCUGACCACUGAUUGUAGGAUGCCAUUUGCUGCCCCUCACAUCCCCAUGGGCAUCCUCUUAAUUUACUUUCAGGUCUGGAAUAGCGCCCCCACCCCAGAUGUUCAUAGUGUCAGGGCCUCAGGAAGGCAAUCCCAAAGCCUGAGAGAAGAGGUAAAGGUGGCCAGUUGACGAGGGAGACACUGGUAAGAGCUCCCCUCUGGCCCCUCUGUCCACCCAGACUUCAGACAAGGCAGGCCCUGCCGAGAAAGUCUUUGGCUGUGUUGAUCUGGGGACCUGCCUUUCCCCUGCACCAUCCUUUCCAGCACCCAGCCCACUCCGUGUCUUCUCUCCCAGGCCAUCCCUACCCCUCUCCUCUGGCUCCUGGACCAGUAUUAGCUCCUCAAAUGGAGGCAGCCAGGACUCAAAAUGCAGAGAACCACUCCAAGCAGGGUCUGGCUGCCCAGGUCCCACUGAAGCUCCAGCCUCUCCUCCCUUGUCCUGGGAUGCAAAAGUACGAUCCAGCUGGAAGGACCGGCUCAGGCAGGAGGGGUAGAGAGCAGGGUAGGUUCUGUGUCCGUCUGUCUGUCCUCCAGGCCUUUCCCCCACAGUCCGUUUUCCUCUUGGUUCCUGGGUGUGUUCGAUCUUCACGAGCUGUCCAAUGCUCAUUGCUACCCCUGACACACUAAUUAGGGAUUGGGAGAGAACGCUUACCCAAGCCUCAACUUCCAUUGGGUGACUCUGUCAGUGCAGAGAAGACAAGGCGAGCGGGUCUAGGGGCCCUUUACCUUCCGAGAUGAGUCAUCUCAUCUGUAGCCUAGAGGUACCUCAGCGAUUUGGGAAAGUCAAGGGCCCCUUGCCCCAGGCCCCUUUGGCCUGACCCUACCUAUGUUUGCACUUGGUUCCCUUAGGGUCUUGGUUUCCUGCCCACCCCAGAACCCCCAAGCUGCUUGCUUUCUGGGAUGAGGGUUUCUGAAUCUCUGACCCAGCUGUCUCCAGAGGAAGGCGGCCAUCUGGAGGAAUCUGCAGAUGGGGUUCUGAAGUCACAGCAUCUGCCUAUCCAUGCCAAAGCAGGGUCCCCUGGGCAUGUUUCCUAACCAGGGGAGUGGCCAGGCAGUGGGAGCCUGCCUGGGCUGCUCCUGGUCCAGGCCCAGUCAGCCUGGGAAGAUGCCCUGAUCCUCACUUCCCUCUUCUUCCCAGAGAGGUCAGACCUGACUGGCCCACACCGGGGAGUUGGUAGAAGCCUGCAUCUCACUCUCUGACCUAGAAGCCUCUCUGGGUCUCUGCUAAGGUCGCUUGCCCUCACCGUUGCCCCAGUGGCCACGACUUGACUCAUGAGUUCUGCCCCUCCACUCUGUGCCCUCCCCCGAGGGCACCUGCAUGCACUGGGAGUGGGCAGCCAGCCUAGCCAUCAGGGCAAGAGCCCUCUGCCACGCGCUUUGUGCCUCCAAAACUCCCCCACCUUGGCUGAGGCCUCAGACCAGCCGUCCUUGGUGGAGCACCCCUACCCAAGCUGAACCAAACCCAAAUGCCUGAGGCCUCGCUGGGGCUGCCCCAUAGGACACUGGGGUGGUGCCAUAGAGAGACGGGAUAAAACUGAUCCAAAGCCAAGCCAGGACUGGCUACGGACCCAGCCUCCUGCGCCGUGCACUCAUGGAGCUCCAUAUGUCUCCUUAGCAACAGUCGAAGCUCUGCUGAGAAAAUAAAUGUAUGAACUAUAUUUGACAACAUAAAAUCCAUAUAUUUUUCACCACUGGCAUUUAGUCCAACUUCACAGCCCCUCUCUGUUCCAUGUCUUGCUGUCUGGGCCUUCUUGUUGUGUCUCGUGUUUUUGGUGAACUUGGGCAGGGUUAGAACUGCGGUCCACUCUGCUCCUGCUGCUGGAGAAGCCAUUGCAAAGUGCCCGGGUCUGUAGAGGCAGUAAGUGAAACUGACCGUCCUCCUGCUCCUGCUCCGACCCUAGCCCCGUCUCGCAGGGAUCCUCUUCUGGGAGUUCUGCCUAUCAGAAGGGCUCUGCUCCUUGCCAGUGGAGUGAGCAGAUUACUACCCCAUCCUUGGAUGAGCCUGGAUCCCUGCAGGCUGGGGUACAGGCCCUGCUCCUAAGUGUAUAUAAGCCCAGAGUCGCGUAUCUGUAAAAAGGGGCUGCGAUGUCAGGAGGUGGGCUUGGAAGUAGACACUUCAGCAGCCUGCUGGUUCCAGACGUGGAGAAGGGGGCUGAGAGCAAGGUGGGACUGGGCCAGGCUCCCUCGUAGAUGCUCACUCCCAAAGCUCCCCCCCCUUUCCUUCCAGUUGGCCACUCCCCAUAGGCUGCGAUUUGCCCUCUUGCCCUUGGCUCCUGGAGCAGAAAUGUUUAGGGUGCUCCUUUCCCCUACCUCCAGUCAGAGCUGACAAGGUCUUGAGGAAGUGUCCCCAGGAACUACCUUCUAUAACUACUGAGCCCUCGGAGCGGAGUGGCUUGAAAUAGUGGCUCCCUCAUUCUGGAGCCCUCUGUCAGGGCUCAGUGAGGACUUCUGAACAGAGGCAGCCUUGAGCAGAGUUCACCACCAAUGUCUUCAAGCAGGUAGCAUCCAUAGCUUUUCACUGAGACCCCUUCCCACCUGCGCAGACAGCAGACGGCAGAUCCCAGGCUCUAGGGCCCGAAGGCUAUUGAGGGGCCUCCACCAGGAAACUCACGGUCCCCUCUGAACUAGAUGACAGCACAAACAGGCCACCGUUCACUCUCACAUUAGGCUAUUCCCUUGACAGAAACUUCAGGGGACACAGGAGGGGGGCCGUGGGGUGGGGUCUCCUUUGUCUUUUCGUUCAGACAGAGUUGUGCCUGUAGCAGACAGCUCUGAAUUAAAGCAUGAGGACACACACCGCC